UAAUGAACAUUACAUCUCAAAUAUGAUGUUAUAUAAUAUUUUGAACAUGUUAUAACUUAUUUUAAGAUAUUCAAUUCUUUUAGAGCACUUACUGAAUAAGAAAACAAUUUCAAGUGUUGACCUUUUUUAACAUAACAAAAUUAUUCAACUUAAUAUUAUUGACUUGCUUUUUUUUCUUUUUAACGUAGAUAUUUAUGUUACAUACGUGUGUAUGGUUACUAUCACCUAGACAACUACUGUUAAAAAAGAAUAAUAAAUGAUUAAUACAGCCUAUAGGCUUAUAUAAUAUGUUAUACAUAUAUUAACACAUCAAAAAUGUGUCAAUCACCUUAUAACUAUAGCUACACGUUGAUGUACACUUUAUAUUCUUCUUCCCUCGAAUUUAUUUUUGUCUGUAUAUUAUUCGAAUCGUGUCGUUUGAACUAGGCAUACUCGUAUUAUUAAAUUUAGUAACAAACCAUACCUACAUAAAUAAUAUAUAAUUAUAAAUGAUUUUUUUACAUUCUUUUAAAAAUUAUAAAUGAUUUAAAGGUUUUAUAUACAUUAUUAAAGGUAAUUUAAAUUAUUCAUAUAGAACUACACAUUAUUUUUUAUAUGGUAGUUCACACAUAGACACACUAAGUUGAAAGUAUUAAACACAUAAGUAUACACAAUUUGUGAAGAUAAUAUAAUGGAAUCUGGAAGUAUUAAUGUGGUAAAAUAUUUGUUAUACAUCUUUAAUGUGAUAUAUGGGAUUACAGGAGUGGCUUUAAUAGUUAUUGGCAUCAUUGUUAUUGUAGAUUUGGGACGUUUUUCAAAUUAUUUGAAUGCUUCAAUUAUAGCACCACCAAUAUUGUUUAUUAUAUUAGGUAUAUGUAUUAUAAUAUCGAGUAUAUUUGGAUUUUAUUGUAUUAACAAACAAAAUUUCAAUUUAUCAAUAAUGUUUACAUUAAUUUUACUAGCGGUUUUAGUAAUUGAAGUGUUAUUAUCUAUUAUGUCUUCUGUUUCCAAAGAAAAUUUUAAUAAUGAUCUGAGAUUUUCUCUAAAAACGUCCAUGGGAAAAUAUUCGUUUGAUGAAACUCAUCGGCAGUCGUGGUCUACGGUUCAACGAAAACUAGAAUGUUGUGGAGUUGAUACACCUAGAGAUUGGUCUAUUAUAUUUCCGGAAAAUCUAGUUCCUGUUUCAUGUUGUCAAAAUUUACCAGUUGAAUUAGGUGCACUGUGCAGAAAUUUAUUUGACGAAAGAAUAAUUUAUCAAAGAGGAUGUUAUAAUGGAUUAAACAAUCGAGUGAAAUCUAGAUUAACCAUUAUAAUGUAUAUUGCCUUGGCAUUUGGUCUUUUCCAGGUGGUUGGCAUUGUAUUAGCUUGCUUUUAUACGUAUCUAUUGAAAAAUGGCCAAGGAAGCAAGUAAGAUAAUUAUAGUUUAUUUUAAAUGAGAAGUUGUAAAAUUGCUGUACAUAUACUCAUCAUACGACUUGUAUAUAAAACAAAAAUUCACAUAGUAUUAUUCAAAGCAGAUGACAGCAGGAUGACGUAGGAUUUGAUACAAAUUAUUUAAAUAAAUCCUACAACCAAAAUACGUAUUCACGAGACACGUUAAGCCGUAAAGAUCAAUUAAACAAUUUAUUAGAUGCAUUAAGAAAACAAAGAAAAAAAAUGAAAUUUUAAGGGUGUUCAUGUAUUAUUCGUUUUUUAUAAUACUUUUAAUUGUAUAUAAUAUUAUCUUAUACCUUUGUACUGUUUAUUUAGACUUCGUUUCUUCUCGUGAGAUUAAAAUUAUUAUUUUUUUUUCGUUAAAUGCAUAAUUUAUUUUAAUUUUAUAUAUUAUAAAUCUAUAA